AUGAUGAUGGAUACAGUCUUUGAAUCUUGUCAUGUUAAAGCUACAGUCUAUAGGAACCAAACUCUAAGGCUUAGGGUGAGAGAGACUGAUAGAUUCAGUGAAAGGAUUGGAACAGGGGAAGUCAAGAGGGAGGUGAUUCUGAUGCUCAAAGACAUGAACUCUAAGUUACAAACAUUGACAGAUGUUCUGUUUUGGAAAUGCUCAGAGAUGUUCUUAGAACCAUGUGGAAUUUCUUGCAUUGUGAAGCCUUUCUUACAUGAUAAAGAACGAUAUGAUGUUGAUGGUGCUGUUGAAUUUCUCACUCCCUUUUAG